UCAUGGAACUACUUUUCUCAAUGCGUGGUGAAAAUGGGUUCCUAGCUCCAGGAACUAUCAUCGGGCGAGUAGUUGGUGACAUCAAACGUGGCAAAGCGUUGUUGUGACUUCGCAUUCACUCUGGUAACGUCUGACCGACAUCUUCCGAUCGAGUGCCAUCAAUUGUUGAUAUUCGAUCGGGUUUGACACGGCUGGACGCAAACGCAUAAAGGGCCGUGCUGCAUGGAGAACCUCUUCCCCAAAAAAUACCUUGUUGCCCGACGCACAUUCAUUCUUUUAAACAUCCGUCAUGCUUCGUCCUGUCUCUUCUGCUCUUUUACUUCUCGCUGCUGGUGCGAACGCGUUCUUCCGAAUGCCUUGUGCCAAACCAAUCCUUAAUGGGAGGUACGACGCUAUUGUCAGUCCGGGGAAACCUAGCAGCCAUUCCCAUACCAUCAUGGGCGGUAGCAAUAUUGGGCUCUCCUCGGAUUUUAAGGACAUGCGCGGCUCCAAUUGUACCACAUGCAAAGUGAAAGACGACCUGUCUGCCUACUGGAUCCCACAGUUGUACUGGGAAUGGCCCAACAUGACGUAUUCUCCCGUGAAUCAUGGUGGAAUGCUUGUGUAUUAUUUGCAGCGUUCCGGAGCAAACGAGACGCUCGCUGGGUUCCCUGAUGGUCUUCGUAUGGUGGCGGGGGAUCCCAACGUCCGCAGGGACAUGGGCACUCUUGAAUCCCGGGGAAUUUCGUGGUUAUGUAUCGAUUACAAUCAUGCACACCCUCAAACCCCCGGCUUCCCUUCCACCAAUGAUUGCCCUGAUGGUCUUCGGGCCCAAGUAUUCAUGCCUUCUUGCUGGGACAACGUCAACGUAGACAGCCCCGACCACAAAUCCCACAUGGCAUAUCCUGAUGGAAUGGACAAUGGCCACUGCAAUAGUUCCCAUCCAAUACAUCUCAUCUCAAUUUUCUUCGAGAUUUACUUUGACACUCAUAGUUUCUACAAAUUAAAUCAAGGUGGUCGCCCCUUGUUAUCGAACGGUGAUCGUUCGGGUUUUGGGCUACACGGAGACUUCAUGAACGGCUGGGACAGUUCCGUUCUCACUCGUGUCGUCCAACAGUGCACGAACAUGUCAGGAGUGAUCGAGGACUGCUCUGUUCUCAAUGACGAAGGAAGGCUUCUCCCUGAUGACGAGCUCAAUCAAUGUUAUCCUCGCUCGGAUCCCUUAUCGUAUGAGCGGGUCGAUGCUGAUGUUCUUCCCUUCCUUCCCGGCUGCGUCCUCCCCACGGAUGGACCAGAUCCUGCCGAUCCUGAGGCUCGCGCUCCAGGAUGUACCAUUCCAUCCUCACCUUCCAGCAGCAGCUCCAGCCCCAUGAAAUCUUCUGCAUCUUCCCACACUUCUUCCUCCACCUCAUCCACUUCGAUGAGCCCACCGGCACUCGUCAACGCGCAGAAUGCGACAUCCACCACGCCCGUCCCUUCCAGCGGCCGCUCAAGCCCCUUGACCUCCACCCCGGUAAGCUCGCCGGCGACCCACAGCAUGCAUAAUCCAUCAUCCGCUACGCCCACUCCUUCCUUCACCCCUACGCCUGCGGUUACUCCGACCUCAAGCAAAUCGCAAUCUUCCCAUUCUAUGCAUACGCCUACUCCGUCCUCUUCUCAUCACCACCACCAUCACCACCAUCAUCAUCAUCACAAUGGGACCCAAGCCAACACGACGUCUGUUGAUCCUCAUGACGGAUGUGGCACGAAGGAGCCUAAGCGUGAAUACCUCGCACGCCACAAGCGUAGCUCUAUCCCACGUCGCCUGAAUCACGGUUUGUAAAGCGCAGUGGAGGUCCUAUUUUCUUUGCCCAGCCUAGGUCUGGAGGCUUGUAGCCUGUUUUUUUUUUUGGCCCUUUCUCCGACGGUGCCUUGGUUUCUCAUAUUGUAAUUUCCAAUCACAAAAU